GCCCAUGGCCCGGCCGGGGGAGGGCAAGGGGGCAUCGCCCGGGCCCCUGCUGCCCACCUUGCUGCUGGCACUGGGGCUGCUGGGCCCGGCCAAGGCCGCUGCCACCUGGGAGCUGACAGUGCUGCACACCAACGACCUGCACAGCCGACUGGAGCCCACCAGCGCCGAGUCGGCCAAGUGCCAGGGGGGCACCGGCGGUGCCCACGGGGGCUGCUUCGGGGGCGUGGCCCGGCUGGCCACCCAGGUGGCCCACCUCCGCCGUGCCCACCCCAACCUGCUGCUGCUGGACGCCGGAGACCAGUACCAGGGCACCGUCUGGUUCACCUUCUACAAGGGCGUCGAGGUGGCCCACUUCAUGAACAAGCUGCGCUACGAUGCCAUGGCCUUAGGAAACCACGAAUUUGACAACGGUGUGGACGGUCUGUUGGAGCCGCUGCUCAAGAAGGCGAAUUUUUCUAUUCUGAGCGCCAACAUAAAAGCGAGGGGUGCACUGGCCCCCCGCAUCACCGGGUACUACCAACCGUACAAGAUCUUCACUGUGGGAUCGGAGAAGGUGGGCGUGGUGGGCUACACCUCCAGGGAGACCCCUGUACUUUCAAACCCAGGAAGGGAUUUGGAGUUUGAGGAUGAAAUCACAGCACUGCAGCCCGAAGUGGAUAAGCUCAGGUUUCUUGGUGUGAACAAAAUCAUCGCCCUGGGACACUCAGGCUUCGAAGUGGACAAGCUGAUCGCCCAGAAAGUAAGAGGAGUGGACGUGGUCGUCGGGGGACACACAAACACGUUUCUAUAUACAGGAACUCCACCAUCCCUCGAGGUCCCGGCUGGGGCUUAUCCUUUCAUCGUCACGUCGGAUGAUGGCCGCCAUGUCCCCGUGGUCCAGGCUUACGCGUUCGGAAAAUACCUUGGGUAUCUGCAAGUCGUAUUUGAUGGGGCCGGAAAUGUCAUCUCGUCUUCGGGUAACCCCAUCCUUCUGAAUAGCAGCAUCCCCGAAGACCCACAAAUUAAAGCAGAACUGGACAAGUGGAAGGUCCAGUUGAAAAACUACUCUUCCCAGGAGUUGGGUAGAACUGCUGUUUUCUUGAAUGGCAGCACACAAUCCUGUCGGUUUGAAGAGUGUAACUUGGGGAACCUGAUAUGUGACGCUAUGAUUCACAACAAUCUCAGGCACGCAGACGAGCUGAGGUGGAACCACGUUUCCAUGUGCAUCAUGAAUGGAGGCGGCAUUCGGGCAUCCAUUAGUGAACAGAACAAUGGUGUAAUCACGAUGGAGGUACUGACAUCAGUGCUGCCCUUUGGGGGCACGUUCGAUCUGGUGGAACUGAAAGGCUCCACCUUGCUAAAGGCCUUCGAACACAGCGUGCAUCGCUACGGCCUCUCCAAGGGCGAGUUCCUGCAGGUCGGGGGCAUCCACGUGGAGUACGCCCUUUCCAGGCCCCCUUGGCAAAGGGUGGCUAAGAUCGAGGUCCUUUGCACCAAGUGCCGCGUGCCCCGGUAUGAGCCCCUGAAACUGGACGUUGUUUACAAAGUGGUCUUGCCCAGCUUCCUGGCCCAGGGCGGCGACAGUUUCCAGAUGAUUAAAGAUGAGUUACUCAAACAUGAUUCUGGUGAUGAAGAUAUUAACGUGUUGUCCCAGUACAUCUCCAAAAUGGGAGUCACUUAUCCAGCUGUUGAAGGACGGAUCAAGUUUUCUGCUGGCACGUGGCUCCAAGGAAACCUUAUCCUCGUGUCUCUGCUUUUUGGGGCCGUGACACUGGUUUUCCACAGAUAACAGAGCCUCCCCUUCCCACCUGCUGAGAUGGCCCCCAACUAAAACGCCCUUAUUGUUUCAGGCCUGGUGAACUCCUAGCCCUGGGCCCCCACGUUGAUCCUGAUACACCUCCCCGGUUCCAAGGGCAUUCUUGUAAUGACAGGGCUCCAGGGUGAAUCCUAAAGCGAGAUCCUGGGAAAGAGCAUCUGAGCAGAAACCUAGCAAAGGUAAACAGAGCCAAUUCAAAGGGCAUUACCAAUUUGGGAGUCAGUACGGCCAAAGGACCCCUUCCUUCUCUAGUACAAAUAUUUGUGUUUCCUAAAGCGUUGAUCUCCUUUCCCCUCUCUUGGGAAGUGGCCACUCCAACCCCUGACAUGUAAGCAGAUUUGCUCACAGCCUCACAAGACCAGGAUUAGUGCAGAACUGAAUGUCCAGUUGUCCACCCUGACCCACCUAGGUACAGGCUCCCAAGGCGGAGACCUGGCCCAGACAGAACCUGGUGAUUCUUCUCAGGGAACACCCGACCAGUCAGGAGAAAAGGUGUUGGCCCAACCCUGCCAUUUCAGUUAGGAGUGAAACAAAGGGCACUGGGUGCAAGACACCAUUGGCCAGGGCAGAAAGCCACCGGAAGGAAAAGGUGUUUAGGAAGACUUGUGGGUUACAGGAGAGCAUACAACUCCGUGCAAGAGAGCCAAAUCACGACUUCCUGAUGAGCCCAAGUCCCUGAGGAAAAAGGCCUACUGCUCCAGUGAGGGCAUUGUACAAUGGGGAGAGAUCCAAGCGGUCCUUUUUUCUAUCGCUCUGCGGUUACACUCUAAAUCUUCCCAUUCAAGAGUUGCAUCUAGCCUAAAUCUCACCUGUCUCCAGUGAAUGAAAAUGUACUGAAGGGGAGCAGGCAAAGAACCUCAAGUUCUCUGGGCUGGGUGAAGCCUGGGCUAGCAGCAGGGUGAAGCUUUGCUUAUGAGGUUUGUCCCGGGCAGAUACGGAGCACCCCUAUGCUUUUGGGAACUCAGGCCACCUGAUCCCAGCCCCAGGUGGUUCCAUUUUAUACCAUCUUGGAACUAGGUGGACAAAAGCAGGUAGAGCCCUAAAGUGGGAAAUUGGAAAACUUUCAUGUUUUUGAAUCUUCAAUAGCUUAUUUUCACAGCUGUGACGGUAAGAUGUUUAACUUGUUGGAAUGACAAAAAAAAAAUUAAAGCCAGAUAUUGUUACUUGUC